ACUUCCGGUUGGGUGACCUUGGUUGGAUUAUUCGACAUGGCUGCUGUUGUAAGGUUGAGCAUGAUGUGCAGACGUGGUGUUAAAUCACCAUUCAUAUGCAAGUCGAUGGUGGCUGGGCCUCUUGUUGCUUCAAGGAAGAUUCAGGAACCCCAUGUGCUACUAGUAUCUCAGAUUCAUACAUCUCCUACACAUUUUGCUGGUUCAAAAGCUGCUUCUCUGCACUGGACCAGUGAACGGAUGUUGAGCGUAGUCUUACUUGGCCUUCUUCCUGCUGCCUACGUCUAUCCGGGAUCUAUCAUGGAUUAUUCACUGGCUGCAGCCCUCACUCUCCAUGGCCACUGGGGCCUUGGGCAAAUAAUUACAGAUUACGUACACGGAGAGGCAAAAGUGAAGCUGGCCAAGAUGGGCCUCCAGAUAAUGUCAGCUGUCACUUUCGCUGGGCUAUGCUACUUCAAUUAUCACGAUGUGGGGAUUUGCAAAGCAGUGACAAUGCUUUGGAGCCUCUAAUUGAUUUUGGCUUUAUUCUUUCAACUUCUGGCGUUACUUUAAUUUGUUAAAAAAUUGACAAAUCACAACAGCGAUUUCUUUAGAAAAAUUUUACUAGAAGGACAUGUAUUUCAGAAUGUAAUUUUAAGCCAUGUUUACACUGAUUGCAGAUGUUGCCUUAUGUCAUCCAGUUGUUCCGUCAGUCUUUGGAAUAUCUUGCACUUGUGCUUUACUUUCAUUUCUCUUCCUACCAUGCAUGUUAUUACAUCAGUGAUGACCAGGGACGCGGCUUGCUGUGUACAUUGGCCAAAAUUUAGAAUCAUAUGCAAAACCAUAGCGAGAUGGUCACUUAAAUUUUAUUUUGUAUUUUCCACGGGAGAAAAACAGGCCUUUUUUUGUGCAAGAUUAUGCUUGAUCUGAAUCAUCACGUAUCCUACUGACUUCACUGAUUUGCAUAAUCUUUUAUGUUAUUACUCAUUUUAUUACUUUCUUCCUCAUUAGCUUUUCCUCCCAAAUUCAUCAGUUAUAAUUGCGCAAUGCAGUAAGAAAUCUAAGUCUUGUUAAUCACUGCAUAAUAAAAGUUUAACAAUAAUUAGAUUUGUCUGAAUUUGUUUAACUUUGGUGUUUUUUUUCUGUCUUCCAAAUUCUUUAUUUAGUCUCCUCAUUAUUGAAGGAAAAAAAGUCAACUAGUGACUUUUUUUUUAGUAUUAAUUGUUUUGCAAAACAAAUCUAGAUGCUGUGGAAGUCUGUGUGCAUAUUGAGGCCUGUCUUGCUCGUUGAAAUGAUAUCUUCUUUAAUCAAAGGCAUUCAUUGUAGGAUGUGGAUAUCCCAACUCAGCAUUUGUUUUUAGCCUGGGUUUCAAAUUUAAUUAUUCUAAUGGGAGGGAAAAAAAAGCAUAUUCCCUGUUUGCAACGCAUCUGAUGUGAUAUGGUUUUGGAUAGAUCUACAUUACAAAAUUGACUAUAAUUCAGUACUAUUAAAACAGUUAACUUCAUAAUUGCUAGGUAACUUAACAAAUUAUUGAUAAAUGCUAUGGAAUGAUGUAUAAUUUUAUGUCAUUGGAUAUAUUGUGCCAGAAGAGAGGAUAGUAUUGGGUUUGGAGGCAAACUUAUUUGGACAAUGAAGGGAAUCUUCAUGUGGAAUUAUUCCUGAAGUGUUUCACUGCAUUUGGGUUCCAAAAAUAGAAAGAUUUCAUUUACUUGACACAGCAACUUCCCCUGUUCCUUCGUAGAAAACCUUUUCGAUAAAAGGAAGUUGGUUAAUUUGGGUUUUUUUAAAUCAAUUUUACCUUACUAGAGAUUUUUAAUAAAACAAGUUGUUGAUGUUCUUGCUAAUUUUGGUGUGUGCAGUGUGUGUUGCUGUGUUUCUACAACGACUAGACUUUAUUGUCUGGAAGUUACCUGGGGCAUCCUAAAGGUGUUAGCUAAGCGCAAGGCUCGAAAGAGUGUUAUACACAUGUUGUCCAAAUGUAUGCCAGAUGGACUUUGUCCACAGUGUUUUUCAAGGAUUAGAUUUUCUUCAGCUAUUAUAAUAACCCCUAACCUUUGUGAUCAGCUGACCUGCCCUUUCCAGAGUUGUAUGAAAAAAAAUAGGCACUUGGAUCCCAAAACAAAAUUGUGGCUGGCAAGAGGUGUAAGGGGGAAAAGCACAUAGAAAGGAAAAGAAGUAUUGUUUUUGACAAAGCAACCAACUGUGAUGUUCUUUUGGCGGGGGAGGGGGAGUAUACUAUUGUUCCAAUGUUUCACAACCUUCAAGUGAAAAUAUAUUUUUUCAGUUAUACCAUUAGAUAAUGCCAAUAUUAUUUAAAGCUGUAGGAUAUAUUGGAGUUAAUGGUGUGAUUAGUGUUGUUACCUGUAGUACCAAAAAGUCUUGAAGUGGAUGAAGCCAUCUGACUAUGUGUAAAAAGAUAACACAUUAAAUUUGAUCUCAGCAUUGUGUGGUAGGAUUAACAUAUUACUCCUGUGGUUCAAGAUAUCAUUCUGUCUGUAUGAUUCAAGUGUAACAUACCAUGCUUAACAUGGAAGACGAUACCAACUAAAUUUAACUAAGUUUACAUAAAGUUUGUUCUGAAUUCUUAAAGUUGUUUUGUUAACAUUAUUUCAUCCCAAACACAGAAUCACAAAAAAAAAACACUGGGUAAUUUUCUGCAUUAGAGAGAAUCAAAAUUAAAAUUCAGAAUUGGGAAAUAACCUGAAAAAAUUUAUCUGAGUGUAUGUGGGGAGGAGUGCAAGAAAGUAACAAGUUCCUGGUGAUGUGCAUAAGACUUGUUUGCAUAAGUAUCUCCAAAAACCUUAAGUCGUGAUAUCAUCUCCUUGUGGAUACAGAAAUUAUACUGUGUUUAUUGCAAUUAUAUCCAUUCAUACAAAAUUUAAUUUGAAUGAAAAUUUGAGUGCUUGAUUUUAAAGGAAUCUUAUUCAGUCUCAGCAUGUUAGAUGAAGUGCUUCAGAAGAACAUAAUCUUGUAUUCAAUGUAAUUAUGUUGCAGAAAAAUUGUCUGCAAUUAUGUAGUGCCUGUAAAUAGGUUGAUAAAUGCAAUUAGAAACUUGCUUUGGAUGUUAGUUAUUCUUGCUCUUUUUUUUAAAAAUUUGGAAAACUUGCAAACCUGAUGUGGGACAGCUAAAACUUUUCAACCAGUCUAUUAAUCCAGAAAAUUGGCAUUGAACAGCUUGAACUUGGUGGUGAAGUUAUAUACCAUAUCAAACCGCAAAUAUUUUUGCAGUGUAGUAACAUUGAUAUUGUGACACCAGUGAAAAGCCAAAAAAAAAUCCUUUUGUUGUCAUUACUUCCAUAGAUGGUUACAAGGUAUAUAUUAUGGUUAUGGCAGACUUCAAGGGAAAUUUUUCAGUUACAGAAUUAAUGUGACUGUGGGUGGAGAGAAACCAUUUACUUGUUAUGCUAUUGCUUAAUAGUAUCUCGACCAGUGUUGAUGUAUAAUAUUUAUCCCUUCAAGCUUUGUCACUUUUUCGGUAAUUGUAAAAUUAGCAACCCUAGGGAUGGAAAAUAUUGAAGGAUUUUGUCAAAUAUGUGCAAGCUAUUACCAGAAUAUUUGUAGAAGUGGUCGAUUCUAUGUACAUAAUUGUAGAAGCUUUGAGCUUUUAUGCUCCUGUGGCAGUUGAGAGCAAAUUACAAUUAAACUAUGCUCAACUUAUUAAAAAGACUUCUUAUUCUUAUGCACCAACCACUGUGUUUUUC